GCCGUGACGCCAUUUUGAUUCGAAAAAUAUGACUGAGUUUUUCCUGCUUUGCAUGCUAAACUAAGCUCUGCGUUUGAAUUACUUUAUGCGUGAGUACGGAUCAUACGGUAUAUAUCUGAAGUAACUUGUCUUGCUGUUGAUGUCAGGUAGCUAUUAACGUAUGGGAACUGUUAAUUUGGUUGACUCCAAAGCCACAUUUGAGUAGCGUUAGCCAAGUUGAGCUAGCUAACAGUAGCCUGUGCUGUCGCAGACUGACCCCUUCUUCAAAACAAAUCACUAUUCGCUCACAGGCUAAUGUGUGCUAGCUAACACAGCUAGCUAAUAGUUAGCUGAAAAGCUAGUGACUUAGUAGCUGGCUGCCUAACGAAAAACUCUACCAACAGUCCGUUACAGACGAAAGGACUUGCAGCGGACUCUAAAUCAAAGGUUAUGGUGAGCCUUCCAGUGUCUCAUCUCCUAAAGAGGCCUGUGUUUUAAGAGGAGACCCAUGCUGAUAAAUGCCAGGCCUCGCCACACUCUCUGUCAUCUGCACAAACACAAAUGCCUGCCUGCCCGUGGGGGAGGUCUGAUUAAAGAUAUCCACAUUUCAUCCACUGGGCUUUGUCCCCUGUCCCAGCGGCCACCAUGUUUUGGAAGUUUGACCUGCACACCACCUCCCACAUCGACCAGCUGCUGGACAGGGAGGACGUGACGCUGAGGGAGCUGAUGGAGGAGGAUGAUGUCUUGCAGGAGUGCAAGGCCCAAAAUCGGCGGCUGCUCCUCUUCCUCUCCCAGGACCACUGCAUGCAGGAGCUGGUCAGCCUCAUCACCACAGAGCCGCCCGCUGACUUGGAGGAGAGGAGCCGCUUUAAGUUUCCAAAUAUUGCUUGUGAGCUCCUAACCUCAGAUGUAUCCCUUAUAAAUGAUAAGCUGGGUGGGGACGAGUCUCUCCUCGAGAUGCUGUACCACUUCCUGGAGCAGGAUCCACCUCUCAACCCUCUACUUGCCAGCUUCUUCAGCAAAACCAUUGGUAAUCUCAUUGCCAGAAAAACUGAACAGGUGAUUACCUUUCUAAAGAAGAAGGAAGGCUUUAUUGGUCUUGUGCUAAAACAUAUUGAUGCCUCUGCGAUGAUGGACCUUCUGCUUCGCCUCAUUAGCUGUGUAGAGCCCGCCCCCUUGAGGCAGGAUGUCCUCCAUUGGCUGAAUGAGGAGAAGCUGGUUCAGAGACUCACAGAGCUCAUCCAUACUGGCAGAGAUGAGGAGAGACAAUCAAAUGCGUCCCAAACGCUUUGCGACAUCAUCCGCCUUAGUCGUGACCAGGCCAAUCAGAUGCAGGAGAAUGUGGAGGCGGACCCACUAUUGGCUGUUCUAGAGUCGCAGGAAAGUGUAGCAGGGCUCCUCAAGAACAUGUUUGAGGGGGAGAAAAGCGAGGCCUCCAUUGUUAACGGAACUCAAGUGCUACUUACCUUACUGGAGACCAGGAGGUCUGGGUUGGAAGGGCUGAUGGAUCUGUAUUCUCAGGGUUAUGAAAGGUCUUACACUGUCAACAGCAGUAUUUUAAAUGCCAUUGAGCCCCAUUUAAAGGACUUCCAGCAGCUUCUUCUGGAUCCCCCCAAGAAAAGUGCAAUAUUGACGACCGUUGGCGUUCUAGAGCAGCCACUGGGGAACGCCCGCCUUCACAUGGCCCGGCUGGUGGCCGCUCUGCUGCAGACCAGUGCCCCCAGUAUCUGCCAGGAGCUCUGUAAUCUUGCCACCAUGGACCUACUACUGGAUCUGUUCUUCAAAUACUCCUGGAAUAACUUUUUGCACUUCCAAGUGGAGCUGUGUGUGGCGGCUGUUCUGAACCACCCUUCGUCAGAGGAGCGACCCAGCCCAGGCCUCCAGAACCACGAUGGGAAGCCUACAGCAUCGACCACUGAGGCUCAGGUGGAGGCGGUGGAGACAGGCAGGACCAGUGACCCACAGACCUCUACCCAUAAUGCCCUCGUGGCACAUCUCUUCCAGAAGUGUCGACUGGUGCAGAGGAUCCUUGAUGCAUGGGAAGAGAAUGAUAAAAUACAGGCUGAAGGUGGCACCAGGAGAGGCAACAUGGGUCAUUUGACAAGAAUUGCCAACAUGGUGGUCCAGAACCUGGAGAAAGGACCAGUACAGGCCCAGAUUACAGACCUCAUCAAAGAGCUGCCAGAAGACUGCAGAGGUCGCUGGGAAAGCUUUGUGGAUGAAACCUUGAGGGAAACCAACAGGAGAAACACAGUAGAGCUGGUUAGCACCCACAACAUGCAUUCAUCCAGCGAGGAUGACGACAUGGAGAGCCCCUUCCCCAACGACCUGUCACUUCAACAGGCCUUUUCUGACUAUCAGAUCCAGCAAAUGACCGCCAACUUUGUGGAUCAAUUUGGGUUUAAUGAUGAGGAGUUCAGCGAACAUGACGAGAAUAUCAAUGCCACAUUUGACAGAAUUGCAGAAAUAAAUUUCAAUCUAGAUGCUGAUGAUAAUAGUGCCAAUGCGGCUGCUUUUGAAGCCUGCUGUAAGGAGAGGAUACGCCAGUUUGAUGAUGCUGAUGAGGAAGAAGACAUUUGGGAGGAGAAAGAGAUAAACUAUGCAACACAAGCUAAAUCCAGAACGAGGUUUGGGGUGUCCCAGACCUCAGAGGGAAGCUCCAGAAGCAGCCUGGAGAACGGGGGCCGGGUUCGGGACCGUGGGUCUGAAUCUGAUGAGGAUGAGGAGUCUGAGCCCAACUCAUCAGAUCCAGGUCCAGGAUGGACAGCAAAUUUCAGGGACUCUGGAGGUAAUGCAGCAUCCCAAAGCCCAGCGGGGUGGGACACCUCAGCUGGAAACACCACAGACAGACAGGAAACUGGCUGGGCCAACUUCACUGAGUUCCAGCCUUUCUCUGGUACAGAGACUGAUCCCAGGUGCAGCUCUCCUGUGGACACAGGCGGCAGUGACGCUGAUAAACAAGCCAAACAAAACCACGACAAGAGUGAUGGUAGUGCCUCCUCUGGUGCUUGGCCAACGGGAGAUGGGAAGAAAGCUCCUCUCGUGGCUUCAGACAGCAGCUCUUCAGGGGGAUCCGACAGCGAGGAGGAUGACAAAUCCGGCAAUGCUCCUCCCACCGCAGCCGUUGCCUCGGAAACAGCAUGUGCCCCCCACAACAAGACAGCUGACCUCAAAAGUGAGGAGAGUCCAGUGUCUCUGGAGAAACUCUCUCUGUCAGAUCAUCCAAAAGCAUUAGAGCAGCAGCCGGCAGAAGACUCGCCUGUAACCACACAGACUGACAGGAAAGAGGAAACGCCACCGCCACAGGAAGUGUCUGUCAACGGGCCGGUCUGAGUGCGAGUGGAUGGUGAAAUGGGACGGUGCGAUCUGUCCACCUCCUCCAGAGUGACUCUCCUAAAUAACCUCACUGCAACUCCGGUGUUUUUUAACUGAAUCACUCUGCCAUGUUAUUGGACUGGACACUGCCAAUCAACACCAAUAAUGAGGCAGCAGAACAUGUAAAAACAAACAAAAAAAAAAUGAGAAAAAGAAAAUACAAACCAACAGACAGAACGGAGUGUAGAGGAAUCAUCUUCAAAGCCUUUUUUCUGAUGUUGCACAUAAUUACGUGCGGUUUUAAUGUAGCAGCAAUCUUUGAAAUGACAGAAUCCGAGGGGUAACAUCGUCAUUAUUUUUUUAUGUCCUAAAAGAUUUCUCUCCUAGUUGUUCAAAGCUGUUGGAGCCCGAUUGUUAGGGAUUUUAUGUCAUCACCCCUGAAUGGAUAGCACAGGCUAACUAUUAACAAAAACAAUGCCUCAACAAUAAAUACUUUUUUGAAAACUUUUUUUUUUUCUUACAGCUUAAGAGAAAGCACUUAUGCAGCCAUUUACUGUACAUUAUAGCACAAUGUAAGUGUUGUACCCUCAUCUCUGCUGGCUGUCUUAUCUGUCCUCACACAGCAAAGGUUUUAUCCGGUUUUCCCAGGUUUUUUUUUUUUUUUUUUUUUUUACCUUUUUUUUUGGGGUUACUGUUGAUGAAAUAUCUGUCAUACAUCACCAGGUUUCUGAAUGUUUUGAAGUGCUUCAGAGGGUCGGAGGAGGAGGAGGAGGGUGGGUCGACGAACAGAGCUCUAAUAGUAUUACUGUCUUUUGCUCAUGUGCAAUAAUGUCAAUUAGCCAUUUUAUUUAAAAUGAAAUUCCACGUUUUCUUUUUAAAAGAAUCAGUCUAGCGUUGUUGGAGAACGAGACAUUUGGUGUAGGAUCACACAAACUAAUUUGGUUACAAUCUCGAUUUGAGGUUCCUGAUUUUUAAAUUUCAUUUUCCCUUUUUUAGUGCAUGUAUAACCAGUUCUCUGUUGACCUAGCUAGUGAGCUAAGACCUUCUGAUUGUAUUGACCUUUUAAGUUCUUAUCGCUAUCCCCCUUAAAUCAACCAAACAUUAUCUACCUAUAUACAAAUAUUAUCUACAUUUAAAAGUAAUUUUACAACCAAUCUUGAGAUUACUAUUGUCUGUUCCUUUUAUUUUUUUUUCUCUCUCUCUCUCCACCAAGCACUUACUCACAGGGCGAGAGUGGCAUUUGGUAAGAGUGACGCUGUAUUUUUUUUUUUUUUUCUUUUUUUAAUAUUUGUUUUAUUUCUCUGAGCAGCAGGAUUGGAACGAGGGCAGGUCUGGGUUCUGCAGAGCUCCAGGCCUCUGGUGUACUUACUUAAAUCAUUUGACAGCGAUCAGGUUCUACGAUUAUUGUUUAAAAAAUUGAAAUUAAAAGUGUCUGGUUGACCACAUUAAUACCAAAUGCUUGGCUUUGCCUGUCUGGUUGUUGUCAUUGCACCUGUGCAUAAAUCCAGUCUGUUCCUGGAGAAGACCUGAGUGAGAAAACCAGGAGUUCACAGAUUCACCUCUAAUCAGCUCCUGAAGUUGUUUCAUCGUCUACAUUAGACGUUCAGGAGGAGGGCAGGUAACACCAUCUAAUCAUAAAUGAUCUGAGGUACAUUCAACUCUUAAGAGACUGUUGUGUGCAUUUUAUCUGCUUUAAUUCUACAGUUUGGAAACACUGGGUAUGUUCAUGCAUAUGACAUCAAGUUUGGAAAGACUUUUUAUUCCAUAUUGUCUAGAGCUCAGCCCCUGCAGUGAGUCUAAAAUAUGUUCAAAUAAGUGAUAGUUGUACUGUUAAGGGAAAA